AUGAAAGGCGCUGUAUUCCUGUGUCUGCUGGGAGCAGUUUUAGUCCAGAGCCAGUAUUCCUGGGAUGGACCUACGACCGGCAGACCUUCAUCGGGAAGACCUUCAUCGGGAGGACCUUCAUCGGGAGGACCUUCAUCAGGGGGAACUUCAUCAGGGAGUACUACAGAGGGCCCCAGCCCAAGUGUGUGUCUUACGGACCAUGCAUCAUGUGGCUGCUGUCUCAUGCAGCAGCAGCUGUACAGGAUGGAGUCAUUUUUUAACAUGAGCCUCAAUGAGCUGCAGAGGGACUUGGAACGAGCGGAGAACGUCCUCAACGACAUUAGAGCCACCCGCAGUGCCUUCUCUGUGGCUCUGACCAACGAUCGCUGGUGCCUCGGCCCGUUCCGUGAUGUCGUGCCUGUCGUGUACCAACAUGUUUUCAUCAACCUGGCAGGCAGCUACAGCAUACAGACGGGCAAGUUUAUUGUUCCUCGCUCUGGUGUCUACAGCUUCUCCCUCACUGUCUACAGUGAUGCUGGUUCUGCUGGGAACACUCUAGCCGCCUGUGCCAGUUUGUACCACAACAACAUACUGAUAGCUGGGCCCAGCGACAGGAACGCGCAGGACCAAGAGGACAGCUCCACCUCUGUCGUGGCACUGCAUGCGAAUGCUGGGGACGAGGUGCACGUAAAACUGCCCAUUGGCUGCUACCUGUGUGACAACAACAGCCACUUCAAUACUUUCUCUGGCUUCCUGCUCUAUGCUACUGACUAA